GGCGCCGCCCUGCCCCCGGGGUCCGGACUCGCGCUCGGCGAGCAAGUGCGAGCUUGCGAGGGCUUCCUGGAGGAAUUUCCUCUCCAGAACUGGAACCUGAGAGUCCGCUCGGCGCGGGCACCCUGCCUUUCCGCGGCCUCGCGUCGGAACCGUCCGGCCUCAGUUUCCUCCGACUUCCCUCGGCUCCUGCUGCCCGACGGGGCUGCUUUGUGAAGGCUACCAAGCCGGGGUGUGCUCUCCCCAAUCUGUUAUUCAAACAAAAGGCCUCUAAGGCUGAACUCCAACAACCCAUCCCCUGGAUCCCCACUUCAGGUUGAUGAGCUGAUUUUUUUUUUCUUACCAAGUAGUAUUUUAUUAUAAAGGAGCCACGCCCUGGCUCUUAAAGGCGCCCUCACUCUGUUUGGCCAUGUGUUAACACUGCAGCUGGUGUGUGGGUGACCUCUUGUGAGCCACCCAUUUUCCCGCCUUCUGAUACACGUCCUCCCACUCCCUUCGAGGAUUUAGGGAUGCCAGGGGGAAAGAAGGUGACCACAGGUGGCGGCAGCAGUGCUGCCCCGACUGCCGCUGCUACAUUCACCAAUGCUGCCCCUUCUGGGGUCAAGCGUUUGGAGACCAGCGAAGGGGCUUCAGCCCAGAGAGAUGAUGAGCCAGAGGAGGAAGGAGAAGAGGACCUGCGAGACGGAGGCGUCCCUUUCUUCGUCAACCGGGGUGGGCUCCCUGUGGAUGAAGCCACCUGGGAAAGGAUGUGGAAGCACGUGGCCAAGAUCCAUCCCGACGGAGAGAAGGUGGCGCAGCGGAUCCGUGGGGCCACGGACCUGCCCAAGAUUCCCAUACCGAGUGUGCCUACUUUCCAGCCGUCUAUGCCAGUCCCCGAGCGCCUGGAAGCCGUGCAGCGCUACAUCAGGGAGCUGCAGUACAAUCACACAGGGACACAGUUCUUUGAAAUUAAGAAGAGCAGACCUCUGACAGGGCUGAUGGACCUGGCCAAGGAAAUGACCAAAGAGGCUCUGCCAAUCAAAUGCCUGGAAGCUGUGAUCCUGGGAAUUUACCUCACCAACAGCAUGCCCACCCUGGAACGCUUCCCCGUCAGCUUCAAGACCUACUUCUCAGGGAACUACUUCCACCACAUCGUGCUGGGGGUGAACUUCGGGGGCCGCUACGGCGCCCUGGGCAUGAGCCGGCGGGAGGACCUGAUGUACAAGCCGCCGGCCUUCCGCACGCUCAGCGAGCUCGUGCUGGACUACGAGGCCGCCUACGGCCGCUGCUGGCACGUGCUGAAGAAGGUGAAGCUGGGCCAGUGCGUGUCCCAUGACCCGCACAGCGUGGAGCAGAUCGAGUGGAAGCACUCGGUCCUGGAUGUAGAGCGGCUGGGCAGAGAGGACUUCCGCAAAGAACUGGAGCGCCAUGCCCGCGACAUGCGGCUGAAGAUUGGCAAAGGGACCGGCCCUCCCUCUCCCACCAAGGACCGGAAGAAGGAUGUUUCCUCCCCACAGAGGGCCCAGUCCAGCCCCCACCGCAGGAACAGUCGCAGUGAGAGACGGCUGUCGGGUGAGAAGAAGCCUUCAGAGCCCAAAGCCAUGCCAGACCUCAAUGGGUACCAGAUCCGAGUGUGAGAGUGGAUGCUGGCACCCCCAGCCCCCUACUUCUGGAGGCCAGGACCCACCUCCUGGAACCAGCUGUGCUCGCACUCUUGGGCAGGGCUCAAGGGACCACAGGAAGGGUGUGUGGCAGCUCAGCCUCAUGCCGAUCCCCUCCCACUGAGCCAAACCCCUACCUUUGGGCCAAGAGGCCGUUAAUGUUUUGUUUGGAGUUUUUAGCUCUACCACUGAAGUUUAAGAUGUUUGGGGAAAAAAAGACACAUGGAUGUGCUGGUGGCCAGAAGCACACUGUUUCAACCCCCGAGAGAGGCAGGAGAAUGGCACCUCUCUGGGAUUUGAGUGUGUCCUAUAUAGGACAUUUCAUAGGCCCCACCAGCCUACAGGAGGGCCUGGGGUAGGGGUGGGGUGGAAGUAUUUCUCCAAUUGAGCAGAAUGUCCUGGCAGAAUCUUGACCCAGGGAAGGGAAGCAGGGUAGGAAUCACCCCGACAAAGGUCUGUCUGUAUAGGUCUUAAUCAGGAGCUUGAUGCAAGUUUCAUCUGCUCGAGUGAGGGCACAGCUCAGGCCCUGGUGGGCCCAUGAGCAGUACUGGGGGAGCCUGUGUUGUAGCCAGCAGGGGGCUAAGUUGUGGAGGAGCUGAGAGGUUCACUCAGGGUGAACCUCACUCAGGGUGAGGGGUUCACUGGCCCAUAACAGGGUCUGCUGGCUUAUCCCACUCUUGCCUGUUGCAGUAGCCCAGGGCUUUACAGAAAACUGGGUAAUAGGGUCAGCAUGACUGGGCAGACAGACCAGUGUGGGAGCUGUGGUUGGGCACAGGAUGAUGGGGUGGGACUCUUAGGCCCGAGUUUCUUCCCUGGCAGUGUCCCUUCCAGGCCCACCUCUGCCCCAGGGCCACUGCCUUGCUUUAGCAGCCCAGUUAGGCCUGGGGCUUACAGUGAUGGUCCAGUCUGCCAUGUCUGGCACUUCGAUGCACUGGCAGGAAAGAGCCUGAGCAGUUGGAGUCACAUCUGCCCAUCUGGCAAGCGAUCUCUAGGGGGGAACUGAGAGGAUGUGGACAGAGGUUGGCAGGGUUGGGGAAGAGUUCUGGGGAUUCACUUAGCAGAAAGGUAUAGGGCAAGGGUGCAGUGUGGCCACCAGAGGGACAGAGCCCGAACUGGGGAUGUAAGUGAGAAAGGGACAUUGGGAGGGGAGCUGGGAUCAGGGUGCCUUGGGAGGAGUGAGUUCCCUACAGCAUAGAAGGCAACUUGUCAGGAAGUGGGAGAGAAGAUUCAGGUUGUACAAGGGCAGCUGGAUGAGGUGACCAUUAAGUUUUACUUUACCAAGAGGCUGUGAGUUAAUCAGGGCCACUGUCAGAAAGGCUACAGAGGGCCUGGGGGCCUGGAUAAGGGGCCAGAACUAAGACUGUAAACCCAAAUGCCCACAGGAAUAGCAGGUGACUGAGAGGCAGGUAGCAGGACUGGGUGGGGACUGUGGCACACUUGAGGGAAUACGCCAUUGAAGGGGCUGCUCUCUCAGUUCCAGGCCAUGUGCAGACAGGUUGUCUAGUUUUUCAAAGGCCAGAACUGCAUUUGUGUGUGAAAUCUUUUAAGGGUUGAUGAUUUUUUUUUUAAUGUAAAAUCCCAGUAUAGGUAAAAGAAUGCCAGUUUGCAAUCUCUGGUAUAGAUCAUGCCGGGAGGAGUCCACUGCGGUGCUGUGUGGUGGAAAGUGACAGUUCUGAGCUCCCCAGAGCUGGACUGGGCAGUCGAGGGGAGCCUUGGCAGGUGAGACCCCCAGAGUGGCAUAGAGACGGUCCAGCUCUCAGCCUACCAGGAGGUGGGUGAGCCCGGGAGCGGAGGAAGGAACAGGUACACUUGCUGAUGAGAGUGCUUGCAGGGAAGGCAUUGGAGGCUGGCAGCUCCUCAGACCAGCAGCCCUUGGCCCAGAGCCAGGCCCAGCAGGGCCCAGCCAGAGCCACCCUGGUAAGCCCACCGGUCAGUUCCUUGUCUCAGCAGGUUGGGGGGCGGGCUGGGAAGGUUCCUAACCUCCCUGGAGGCUCUAGCCUGGUCAGAACACUGCAGGUCAUGGUGACCACUGAUUGACUCUCCCAUCUCAACUUGCAGAGUGGGGAUGGUGGUCUUUUCCCACAUUAACACACGGAGAGAUGGGCCGCCUUCAGAGCUCUGUUCUGGUUCUGGCUCUGGUUCUGGUUGUAGCUACUCAUCCACAGGCAAGCAGCCCUAGAUGCCUCUGGGAACUUCCAGGAAAUGACAGGGUAUUGGGGUGCAGAGCUGUGCGAGGGAGCCAGGAGCUGGAAUCGGUGGAUGCAAAGGAAGCUGCUUCUGGUCCCAGAUCCCUAGGAGCUGCCCUGGGUUCCCAAGGCCAUGGGAGAAGGGAAGCAGAGUGGAACCCAACCCUGCUUGCUGUCUGUGGGAGGGAGUGGUCCCUAACUAACCCCCUGGCACUCACCUUCCUGAGCUGAGACCUCAGGCCUGUGGAGACCACCACAGGACACAGCGGUGCUUUUUAAUUUUUUAACUUUGUCAUAUGUAGCAAUCCUCCUCCCCUCCUGGGCUGUUUACACGGGCUCUGCUCUCUGGGGCUGGCCCGGCUGUGAGGUUUCUGGGGAGGCCGAGAGGCAGGGACUUUGGGGCCUUAGUCACCAUUCCAUGGUAUCACCUCAUCUCACUUCCUGUGAGGGACGGAGGCCUGGCUGAUGAGACCCAGCUCCCCCUGACUGAGGACUGCCUUCUAGCUCCUCUUCCCCUGGCUGGGGGAUGCAGGCUGAGGGGUCAAGGUGAGCUCAGAGAAAGCUGCUUGGUAGAGAUGACCGGGGCAGAGGGUACUGCAGGUCUUUCCAAAGCCUGGCUCCCUGUGUCAAGCGUCAGGGUCAGAAUUCUGGGAAGCUGGCUCCAGUGAGCCUUCCCUCCACCUGCCUGCCAGUCCUCUCCCUCCAUGGCCUUGCCACAUUCAUGCUCAUCGGUCAUGCCAGCCACCCAUCCUUUCACCGGCAUGGCCAAGUGGAAAGCAGCAGCACCCUGGUCCCCACGGGAAACAGUAAAGCCUAGGGCCAGGGGACCGAGGAGCAGGAAGAGCCCACAAGUUGGCUGCGUCUCAUCUCUAGCCCUUGUCGUCUCAUGCCCCACUCCUUCAGCAUGGGCUUGACUUCUGGCUCUGGGAGUCACGUAACUCUAGCUGGUAGAGUGCCUGGAGGCCUGUGUGCAUGUGUACCUGCUUUUCCUGCCUGGGAUGCAGACUGGCUUAGCUACAGCAGCAUCGCAGUCCUGCCCUCUGCCUCGUGUCCCUGGCCUCGGAAUGUAGGAUGGCCAUGCCGCACCCAGCUGCUGAAGGUGUAGAGGGCAGAUGUCGUGCUCUGAAGAGGCUGGGGGUCUGCCCCGCCAGGUACCACAGCUUUCCCAAGCAGGCAGGACUGCCAUGGUGCUAGCUGCAGGGCCCUCUGUGUGACCCUCUCAGCUCACCACGGUGCUUCGGGGUCUCAGGUUGCCUUUUUCCAGUCUGACGAGAGGAGAGACCUGGGCAUCCUUGGCCAUGGCCUGGUGAUGAUGGACCCCUCCUCCCAGCUGUGUUUGGCUACUAUGUUCUGGACAUUCUUCCUGUCCUCAGAUCAGUAUUUACCCCUCCCUUUCACGCUCACUCUUCGUUUCAUUCCUGUCCUCGUUUUUCCCCUGAAAUGAAUAAAGUCUCUCUAGCUCCAGUUGUGUGGGCUGGACAAAAAUCACAACAUGAAGCUUUGUCUCCUUUCCCGUGGGAGCCGACCUGGGCCUACCCCGCCCCACAGGUGUCAGCCCUGCUAUCUGUUGGGAAGAACCUGCACAGAGGUGAGGGGAGGGAGCCUGAAACCUGUGAACAUUCAGGAUAGAAUGUUCUCAGCCUGCCCAGGCCGCUCGGCUCCUAGCCAUCUCUCCUGUUAGGCUGUAAUGAGGCCCAAGUCUGCCCCUAGGAUAUAUCUGCAGCCCUGCUCUCUGCCUGAGCCCACAAGAGUCCAUCGGGAACAAAGGAGAAUAGAGUGUUCUUCCAGGAGACGAGCUUAUUUCAGGAAACCAUAGCAACGGGGAUCUGAAGUCUCUUCUCAUCGGUUCCUAGUCUCCAGCUUUGGGAGUCUUUACAUCCACCCACAAGCCCUUCACCACCAUCCCUCUGGCUCUGGACAUCUUCCCACAUGUCAACAAGCCCAAGCGGUUAGAGUAAGACUCACAGAAGAAGCAUCCCUUAGAUCCUACAACAUUUUUCAGCUCUAACCUUUUCUCCCCAUGUCUUCGCUCACUGUUCAGCUUAGGAGCAAAAUCCAGAUUUAUAAGAUUUCCUAUUAUCUAAUACCAGCCAAUGCCCCCAAAACCCUGUA